AAUGUGCGGCUAGGUCAGGCUGUUCGAUCUUCUUGGCUUUUUUUGCUGGAAAAGACGGUGCUGCACUUUGAGCUUACGGUGGAGCUAGCUGUGUGUUUGUGCUGGGUGGUGGUGAUUUAGCUGUGGAAGACUGAGUUUUGAGAGAAGCACCAGCCAAACGAGUAGCCAGGUGGUGCUCCCCAGGAUCGACCACUAGCAAAAUCUGCCUGUCUCUACCCCACGCUCACCAUGGGUGCUAUUCACACGACCGGCCCGAACGAGGCAUUGGUACUUUCUGGUGGAUGCAUCGGCUCGCAGGAGAAGCGCAUGAUCGUCGGAGGCUAUGGCUGGUCUUGCCUGUGCUUCACCGACGUACAGCGGCUGUCCCUGGAGGUGAUGACGCUAAAUCCGAAAUGCGAGCAGGUGGAGACGGCGAAGGGCGUGGCGCUGACGGUAACGGGAGUAGCACAGGUAAAAGUCAUAACAGAACGUGAGCUGCUCUCCACGGCCUGCGAGCAGUUUCUCGGCAAGACGGUCAAGCAGAUUGAGAACAUCAUCCUGCAAACGCUGGAAGGUCACUUGCGUGCCAUCCUCGGUACACUGACUGUCGAGGAGAUCUAUCAGGACCGAGAGGUAUUUGCCAACAACGUACGUGAUGUAGCCUCACCCGAUGUCGGACGUAUGGGUAUUGAAAUUCUUAGCUUCACUAUCAAGGAUAUUACUGACAACGUAGAUUACCUCGACUCGCUGGGAAAAGCCCAGACUGCCGCAAUCAAGAGAGACGCGGCCAUCGGUGUUGCGGAGGCAGAGAGAGACGCCGGAAUCAAGAAAGCUGAAGCGGAGCGUGAACGCCUGGACGUCAAGUACUCUGCAGACACUGCCAUCGCCGACUCUCGCCGUGCCUUUGAACUCGCCAAGGCCAGCUAUGACCAGGAAGUCAACACAAAGAAAGCCGAUGCUGAGCUUGCUUACGAGCUAAACGCUGCCAAGAUGAAGCAGAAGAUCCGCUCGGAGGAGAUUGAAAUCGAGGUGGUGGAGCGUCGCAAGCUCAUUGACGUGGAGGAGCAGGAGAUUCUCCGAAAGGACAAGGAGCUCAUCUCCACCGUGCGUGCGCCUGCCGAGGCCGAGUCCUUCAAGGUGGAAACGCUGGCACAGGGCCGCAGUACGCAGAAGGUCUUGUCCGCGCAGGCAGAGGCUGAGAAAAUCAAGUGUAUUGGAAAGGCAGAGGCCUCUGCAAUCGAAGCCAUUGGUAAGGCCGAGGCAGAGAGGAUGAGACAGAAGGCAUCAGCAUACAAGCAGUACGGAGACGCCGCUAUGAUGCAGCUUGUGCUCGAGUCUCUACCCAAGAUUGCUGCUGAGGUGGCUGCACCUCUGGCCAAGACGGAGGAGAUCGUCAUGGUUAGCGGUGGAGCAGGUACGUCCGGUGGUCGUAUGACGUCGGAGGUCACGCAGCUCGUCAGUCAGCUGCCGCCCGCCGUUCAGGCCUUGACCGGGGUGGACCUGUCCAAGACCCUCGCCAAGAUUCCCGGUGCCGAAACUGUUCGCUAGAUGUUCGCUAGAUGCCUUUAACUACUGAGCGUCAUUGUCCUUGUCCGCUUGUCUUGUCUGCCGUCGGCCAGGAAACAGGCCUGUGUUCUCUCCCUGCUCGUCCACGGGUGUGUUUUCCGUACUGCAAGCUGCGGGCCCGUAUGCGCGUCUGCUUCGUCGACUCAGUUCGGUUUACAUUGCUCCAGUUUUCAAUACCAUGCACCACUAACACUUGCCGUACGUCGUCCGUACGCUACAUUGUUCGGCCGGAUGAGCUGAACGAAUGAUCCAGUUAAGGUUGUGUUUCGCUCUGGUGACUCUGUAGGCCGAUUUUAGUAUUCUCUCCCGGCGUCUAAUCUUGCAGUUUGUUCUCAAAGAGGUGCACCUGAGGACACGCUGUGCACAGUGUGUAGUAUUCUAGUAUAAUGGCCGCCACGCGCCGCGACAGUCACGGACUUCUUACCGACUUAACCCUAGUAUGUGUUCUCUGCCCGGUGCAGGAGAGCUGGGUCUUUUUCCUGUAUGACGCGUGCACUGUCAUGGUACGUGCUGUGCCGGGCUCCUAGCAAUAAGCGUUUCUUAGCAGCUUUCCGUUGGCAUUGCCGAUUUUCUCUCGGCUUCUUGCUCAAUGCCCUCUCCCCUCCCCUCUCAUUUAGGAAGUCUUACAGCGUUAUUGCCAUUUUAGCCUUGUUUGUUUUUGAAUUCCCACGCCCACAUGACUGUGCAGCUGUCUAUGCAUGUUUAGUCGAUAUGGGACUUUCUUAGAGAGAUCAACUGACUGAAUUCUAGCUAUGGGCUUUUUUCCUAGAGUAUCUUUAACUUCCGACACAGCGGCUGGUUGGUGCUGCUGUGCAAUACAGCUUUUGGUUACCGA